AUGGCGGGGUCCUCUCCCGACCGCCACAACUUCCCCCACCAACAUUCUCUCUUCUCUCUCAGCUCUCCUUUUUUUUUUCUUCUGUAUAUUCAGCGUUAUUCUCUCUACUUUACAUCAUGGGCGAGCACUCAGCAAUCUGGCAAACUUUCUCACAGCCUGAUGGGCUCGGGUCAAUUCGACAAGGCCGGUAUUCUCGCUGCUGACUUCUCUGGUGUUGAGGCUGCCUCGCCUGGCUUCGCGCUUUCUCAGGAGGAGAUCAACUCCCUGAUCACCGCUUACACUUCCAGCGAUCAGGCUUUUGCCAACGGCUUCUCUGUCUGCGGUGAGAAGUUCGUCACCAUCAGGGCUGACGAGCGCAGUGUAUACGGCAAGAAGGGUAAGGAGGGUGUCAUUGUUUCCCGUGCCUCCUCUUGCACCAUCAUCGCCCACCACAACGAGUCCGUCCAGACCCCCAACGCGGCCACCGUUGUCGAGAACCUUGUCGACUACCUCAACAACCCCCGGUAA